AUGAUGCAGCAAAUAUAUCAACAGGAGCAAUCUCCAUCACAAGAAUCUCAAGGACAGCAAAUGGUAUUAUGUCCUGUGAGAGUAGUUUACGAAACUCAGAUGUUGGUACAGCCAGGCGAACAAAUGCAGCCUAACCAAACUAUUCUAAUCAAUCCUCAAAAUCCUCCACCUUGGAUACAGAACAGACCUGUACAAAAUCAAGUUUAUUAUGUACAGCAAAUGCCAACUAAUUAUAUGCAAACUACUCAGCAGCAUAUUGACCCAAAUCAACUAUAUAUACAAAAUUUUGCAUAUCAAAAUAUUCAACCAAUGUACGUUCAAAAUCCACAAGAACAAAUCCGACCUAUGCAAAUGGUACCUUCAAAUGUAGUACAUAGUAUACAAAACAAUAUGAGUUCAAACUUACAAAAUCAACGGAUAGUAUCAAAUCCACCUCAAAUGCCUCAAAAUAUGAAUACUGUUCAAAAUAUUCAGAACCAAAAUAUUCCUACGCACAGACAAAUAACUCCUAAUCAAAUAACACACAUAAAUGAACUAAUUAACAAUAUAAGACCGCAAGAAACCAAUGGACAAAAUGUUUAUAGACAACCAACACCUCAAAUUAUGCAUCAGGAUCAGAAAGUUCAGUUGCAUCAAACAUUUACGAUGGUUCCUAAUAAUAUGCAGACUAUGCAUAGACUUCCACAAGGUUAUGAACAAAGUAUAGGCAAUAUACGACCGAAGGCACAGCAGAAUAUAGCAAAUAUGCAACUAAUACAUCAAAAUACAGUAUCACCAAAUGUACAAGAAACUAGAAAGGUAGUAACGACAGUUAACAAAGGAAAUCAGCAUCAUAUCCCUACCGUACCUGUUAAGGCACCUCAAAAUUUCAGGCCUAUACAACCACGAACCAACCAAAUUAGAAAUAGUGGACCAAAUCUUAUAUCCGUCCAGUCAACGAACUCAAUGAUCCAACAUACUAUACCAAACACUAUUAGUAUAAACAACGUUCCUCGAAAGAUUUUACCAAAUAACGUGCCAAUAUCAAGCAGUAUAUCAAUAUCGAGUAAUGGUAAAAUUGAAGGGAAUAACAUUCCAAUGAAUAGAAAAAGAAAAAGUGAAUCACCUGAUGAGGUACAUAAGAAGAUAUCUAUUAAUAAUCACACUGAUAAUCCUAUUAUUAUCAAACGUAUAGAAAACGUUUCAAAUAAUGUCAAUUGUUCCGACGUUGGUGUAAAUACAAGUCCUAUCCACAAGCCAGAUGGCCGAAUUAUAAUGAAUAGUUUGCAAAUUACUCCAUUAAGACCGUCUAAUGAUAAGAAUACAAAAAUAAAAGAGGAAUUAGCAAAACCAGUAAGGACAAAUAUUCCCAUUUUAGAACCUCAAAAUGUUAGCGGAAAUAAUACUGUAAUACCUAAUGUUAGCGUUAAUAAUACUGUAAUACCUAAUUCACUUCCAAUAUUGCCCACAGAAAAGGACAAAUUAGUAAGAAAUACGGUAUACACGCAAGCACGAGGUAGAGUGCUUAAUGACAAGGAAAUAUGCUUUGAAAAUAAAAAAGUUAAUGAAUUAGAAAAUAAACAAGCAAUUCCAUCAGCAUCUAAAGAUAUUGACCAAAACCAACCGAUUCAAAUGGAGACUAAUGAGAUACAAAAGACUACAGAAGUUGUUAAUGAUAGUAAAAUUAAGAAAUUAGAUUAUAAAAUUAUAAAAGAAGAAACCAAAUUAAAUAAAACCCAGUCUCAUAGUACAACCACAGAUAAAUUAAAAGAAGAAAACAAAAUAGACAAAAUUCAGUUGAAUAGUUGUAAUACAGAUAUCAAAUUGAAAGAAGAAAGCAAACCAAACAAAAUAGAGCCUAAUAGUACAACUACAGAAAUAAAAUUGAAAGAAGAUAGAAAUUAUGUCUUAACUCAUGUUUUAGAUGGGUAUGUUAUUCAAGAGUCUAAUAUAGCUUUCCCGAUAAGGAAACCGCUGAAGGAAAAGUGUUUACAAAACAAUACCGAGGAAAUGGACCUAAAAAAAGAAGUUAAAGAAGAAAAAGAGACUGCAAUUAGAAAUAAUAGCAAAAUAUUAGAUAUUUCACAUCUUCAAAUAAAAGAGAUAGAGAAAAUGAAUGCUGAUAUGGAUAGUGAGAGAAAAAAUGAAGAUAAAGAAAAUCCAUUCACAAAUCUCAAACUGAGCAUUGUCAAGUCAUGGACGACUGAUCAGUUAGCGACACAUUUGAAUGAAUAUGCUUGGAAUGAAACAGUUUCGGUAUUACAAGAACAUGAAUUAGACGGUGAAUCUCUGUUCUUAGUAUCAAGAGGACAACUUGUAACUAUAGGAGUUAGCGAAGAACAUGCAGACAUCAUAUGUGAAUUUGUAAAAAGC